UAUGUGAGCGUUAGCUUAUACUCAUUGACUAUCCUACAGCACUGCACUUUAUUGUAGCCUACCGUAUUGAUAGCCUAUACCUCGAUAAAAACGUCAUCUAGCCCCACCCGUGGCUAUGACAUGAAAUAAUCGCCACAUCUGGGUAGCCAGCAACCCGUUUUGAGUAUUUCCUAUUGAUGAUAGUUUGCCAUCAGUUUCAUAUCCAGAACGACGACGGAUUGGAGAGCUUUAAGUGAUAAGCAACAUUACUUCAUGGCUGCUGAAGGUAAUACCAUCGACAUUCAACCACAGAGAAAUGUUUUCUCAGACAUUCCUGAUGGAAAAGUGCCACCAGAUAAUGUGCCUCCUGAGAUGGGGGUGAUGGUCAAUCCACAGAGACCUGUAGACUGCCCUCCGGGCCUGGAAUAUCUUACUCAAAUUGAUCAGCUUCUUGUUAAGCAGCAGAUGGAGUUAGUUGAAGCAAUAUUGGGAUGGGAGACCAAUAAUAAGUAUCUGGUGAAGAACAUCAUGGGCCAGCAGGUGUUCUUUGUGGCUGAGGAGAAUGACUGCUGUAACAGGCAGUGCUGCGGACCCUCGCGCUCCUUCGUCUUACAUAUUCAGGAUAAUAACGGCCUUGAAGUGAUCACCCUGAAGCGGCCAUUGAAGUGCUCCUUGUGCUGCUUUCCCUGCUGUCUCCAGGAGCUGGAAGUACAGGCACCACCCGGAAACCCUAUUGGAUAUGUCGUUCAGAACUGGCAUCCAUACCUACCCAAGCUGACCAUUCAAAAUGAGAAAAGGGAGGACGUCUUGAAAAUUGUGGGUCCAUGUUGUUCAUGCAAAUGCUGUUCAGAUGUGGAUUUUCAGGUUGUGUCUUUGGAUGAACUCACACAAGUUGGCAACAUCUCUAAACAAUGGACUGGUCUGAUGCAAGAAGCCUUCACUGAUGCAGACAAUUUUGGAAUUAAGUUCCCCAUGGACCUGGAUGUGAAAAUAAAGGCUGUCUUAUUUGGGGCCCUUUUUCUCAUUGAUUUCAUGUACUUCGAACAGAGUGGCAAAAAAUGAGAUUUUUUUACUCAGUCAAACUCUGUGGACCUUGGAAUGCUGCUUGUGUGUCACUUAAUGAAUGUGUAUGCCUCAAAUAUUUGUUUAUUUGAAACUCUUUUGUAGAAUGGGUGUGUAAACUCCACUAUGAUUCCUUGUACUGGUCAGCACUGUGGAAGAAAUGUAGGCUGCAUAAGGUCAAUAUAUGAACAACUAACAUACCAACUAUUUUUUAUUUGUUAUCGUAGAGCUGAUUUUUAUAUACACUAAUUUAGGGCUGAAGUCAAAACAGUAUUUUAGUUUUUUUCUGCUAUUCUGCUAUUACUAAUGAUGCUAUGAAUUAAUGAAGCAGGUGCAGUAUAGCUUUGUUACAAACGGUUAACAGACUGUUAACAGACGUUUUCUUAUGAUGUUGAACAGUGAUGUUGAUUAUCAGAACAGUCCGCAUCUUUGGAAUGUCUUAGUCGUCAUCAACAGUGAGGCAUGAUAAGGGAAAAAGUGGUCUUUGGUAUUGUUUGCCCUCAACGGUGCCUUCCAGGUAGCGCUGCCUUCAAGGCACUACUCCCCUCAGUUUAGGGGUAGGAUGGGGGUUAGGGUUAGGAAUAGGGUAAAGGCAGAGAGGGUAAAGGCAGGUUUAGACUUGCUGCAGACAACGCGUUUGUGUUCGUAUCAUGGCUGCCUCGCAUAUUUUACGGUCGUUUGGUGCGUCGGUCGUGCACGUCGUCGCAAGCGAACAUGACGCGUCCGCGAGAUGCAAUACCGAUAAGAAAGUUGGGGGCGAUCACUCCAAAAAAAGGUGACUGCAAGAUGCAUUAUCGACAUCGAAGCUGGGGGCAAUCAUGAGAGUAAACAAUGGCACAUGGCCACAUCCACAUCUGAUGUUACUAUAGUCUCCCCCUAGUGAAGACCUCCAGUUGGGUGCAUAAUGCUGCAGCGAGUCUGUACACAGGACACAGCAGGUCGCACACGGGCGCAUACGCUUACGCUUGGUCUAACAACAAGUAUAAUCCCAGCCUUAUAAAGCGGAUCUUUGGUAAAGGUAGUGCCUUUUAGGCUGUGCUGCCUGGAAGGUGCCGUUGGGGGCAAAAAACACCAUUGAGCGGGAAAAAGUAUUAGAUAUACACACAUAAUAUAAACAUUCCCAAUAGUUAAUAUACCAGGGAUUGAGCAUGCUUUUGAAGAGAUUAUUACACUUAAGUUCAAAAGUUAAACUGAACCAAAAUGAUAAAAAGAUGUCAAAAGGCAAUCCACACAAUAUUUAAAGGUGCAGUAAGCGAUUGCGUAAGAAGCGGUUCUUUAUGUUUAUAUUCAUAUUUGUUACCAGAUUGUUUUCGAUUUUUGUAUUUUUUAAACCAGUGUGCUUUAUAUAUUAUUAUUCAUUUUUUUUAAACCAGUGUGCAUUAUAUUUAACCAAAGACUAAACAAGACACACCAGGAAGGUACCUCACACCCGGAAAAACUCCACGCAGGGUUUCGUUUUUGUUUGGGGAAUAUGCUGCCCCCACCUCUGGGCCAUGUGCUGACAGAAUUGGCAGCUAGCAGGUUGUGAGGAGGUGAUUGCUAAAAUGUGCAUGAUCACUGACUGCAUCUUUAAUGCAUGGUCAGUUCUUACAAAUGUCCCUUCAUUAAUCAAACGAACAAAAAUGGCUAACGGCUGGUUUCCUGCUAACUCGUUCAAGGAGAAUCCAGGAAGGACCCCCAACCAGUGACCUUGACAAAUGUUAUCACCUCCCCAACUCGUGUGGCCCUGGCCCUGACAUCAUGGCCACACAAAAUAAAACUGGUCAAACCCU